AUGCGUCCACACCUGCAUCAACACAACUUGCCACCUCCGGUGCCGCCUCGACCCAUGACAACAACAACCACCUCAGGCUCAUCCCAGUUGCAACAACAACCUCCAAAGGUAGUGGUACAACCCCUCCCACUUGCUCCAAUCUCUACCAAUAUGAGAUCAACAUCGACCAUCACGAAUUUUAGUAGUACAGCUGGUGGAAAUAUCUCACCACACUCUCCCACACCAACUCCAAACAACAAUCAUGGAGAUCAAAAUCAUCAUCAAGUUCCACCCCAACAUCCUACUUCUCCGUUGAGUCCCAAAGUUGCUACGACCACAACCUCCUUGAAACCAACAACAGCCUCCAACACUUCCUAUCAUCAUCAACAUUCUCAUAGUCAUCAUCAAAACUCUACCAUCAUCAAUCAAAAUAAUAACAGCACCUUGUUUACUCAUUAUGUUCAAGAAGAAACGAUCAAUGUUCCGCUCUCUCAAGAACAAAUAGCAGUCUAUCAAAAACAACUCUCUGAUGUCAUCAACAAGUUGAAACAAACUCAUACCGAUGGCAAGGAAAAGGCUAAAGCUCUCGAACACGUAAUUUAUUUAUCAUGUACACUAAAAUCGGAUUUUACAAUGACACUCUUUCUGGCGUUCCCAACUCCCAGAAAUAGUGUUACAAUAGCAUUUGGAAAGCACUUUAUUUUUUAG